GAGAGAGAAAAGUGCAUAUGAAGAAACAGGAAGAAAUUCUGGGAAAUUUGGUUGCCUCACAAACUGCACGUCAUUUCCUCCUGUGACAAAUGUGUGGUUUGUGUCUUUAAAAAGUUUUAAAGGAGUGUGAUUAUGACAAGAAGCGUGCAAUCUGCCUGUGACACUGAGAGGAGAAUGAAUGGUCAUGUGAAGAACAUGCAUUUUCAACUGUUCAGGGAAACGGCAACAACAUUAUUCUCCCUGCUUCUGCUUAUGGCCGUCACUUCAACGAAAGCUACGACAGAGGGAGACGACCAGCAGUGCGGCAAUUCUCUGCAGCUCUCCUUGAAACUCACCAGAAUCAUACAUAAGGAAUCUGGCGACCUCAUCAAAAUAUACAAAGAAUCUCAAGGAGAGAUGUCAGAACUCUUCUGCAAGGUGCCAGUCAGCGGUGUCCCAGACCCCAACAUCUCAGGUUUGGAGUCAUCAGAGAGAAUAAUGAGCAUCUACACGCAACUCCAAGGUUACUUCCCACAUUUAAAGCGAGUGCACGAGCAGCAGACGGACUUACAGCCUUCCUCCAGCCCGCUGCUGGACAUGAUGACGACGGUCAGCGACCGCAGCAGGACUCUAGCUGCUCUCAUAAGCAAUCUUUACCAGAGCCUUUUCCCAAACCUGCCUGUCCCAGAAUCAGCAGGGGGCUUGACGCCGCUACCGCCAUCUCAGAAUAUUUUCCAGCAGAAGGUCUACGGUUGCGUGCUACUCAAGAGCUUUAAGGAGUUCUUGUCAAAUGUGUCUCGAGAGCUAAGGACUGUGAGAAGCCAAGUGUGCCGAAGGAGUCCAGAAAUGAACUUCACCUUGUGAGGACGCCCUGAGGCGGGUCUUAGACAGCAAAUCACCAACUGCAUUUACUGAGAUAGCAGAUAAAGACUUAAAGAGAUCAAAGCGGCCGGUGCAUCACUUAUGCAAAGAAGCAUUUAUUUAUGAUAUUUAAUAUUUAUUUUCUUGUUUGUAAUAUAGAAAUGUUGCAUGAAUGUACAUUUAUUUCUUUGUAUAUUAAUAUGCCUAAUAUAUUAUGGAAAUUUCAACAUAUUGCAGAUGUAAAUUAAUUUGCUGUAUAUACAGUUAUUAAAAUAUAAUUUGCAGCUGUA